AUGCCUGCUUCGGCCAAUAUUACACGUGCCAAACAGCUCGAACCGACUCAUCCAACCGUUGAAGGUCCUGUUAUCGAACGUCCCGCUGUUGUGGGCAAGUGCGACAAUAUGUGUGUCUCUGUUAUCACAACGCGACCACACUCCAAGUCUACGGUCAGACAUAAUAGUGAGCAAGAAACUAUCAUCUACACUGUCUCUGGCAAGGGUACUCUGAUUGUCAACGAGGCCGUUAACUCUGAACUCAAACACCACGAACUCACACCCGGAGACUUUGCCUUUGUGCCUGCAUGGGUCGAGCACCAGAUCAAGAAUGAUUCCGAUGAAGACUUUCAAUUGCUCAUGAUUCAAAAUGGAUCAACUCCCAUUCGUGCGGACUUGACUGAUUUCGGUGGCGAUGUCAUUUCAACAAAGAACUAA